AUGGACCAGAACAACACAUUGAUCAACAAAAAAGCACCAGUUUCGGUGAAUAUUACUGAGUAUGAAUCGUGUAGUCAAGAGGGUGAAGUUGCCAAAUUCACUUUCGUCGAUUGGAUUAAAAAACCAACAGUUAGUAAGAUCGCUGUAAGUGCAGGUCUUUAUACAUUCAGUACAUUGUCAGCUCCAGUUGUUAUUGAAUUAUAUUUUGCCAGAGCUUGUGACAGUGUCCGGAAAGCUGAUGGUACUUGCAGUGCUGUUGAAAGUCAAAUUUUGGUUUCAAACUUCUCCCAGGCUAAUCUCGUUUUGAGUCAAGUGUUAAUAGUGUUGGCCAUUUCACAACUAGGGAGACUUUCAGACUACAUUGGAAUGAAGAAUUGUAUGCUUCUUAUGACUACGAGUGAUUUAUUGGGAGGUAUAUUGACUUUUCUUACUUUGGUAGGUUCAAAGAAGUUCAACUUUAAAUCUUUAUUGUUGUUUCAGUCAUUGUGUAACUUAUUCGGUGGUGUACCUGGUAUUACUGCAAUAGCUAGUGCUUACACAGCAGAAAUAACCAGUUCACAAAACAAAGCAGCCGCUUUGUCACUUGUAGGUGCUUCAUUAGCUAUUGGUCAAUUCUUGGGAACCCUGUUCUGUACCUUUAUCUUAAAUUUAGGCGACAAACUCAAUUUUGAAAGAGAAUCCUUCAAUAAGAUUCCAUUUUACGUGCAAUAUGCAGUGUUGUCGAUAUUGCUUGUUUUCGUCAUCUUUUUAUUACCUGAACCAUCCAAGAAAAUACAUUUGGAAGAUCUGAUCGAAGUAGAGAGUGUGGAGGUCACGGGUUGGAGAAAGUACAACCCGUUGAGACUCAUCAAUGUUUUGGAACCAAUAAAGCUUUUAGCUCUCCCUGAAGAUGUUGUUCCUGAAGAAAGGAAAGGAGAGAUAUCCAAAAUGAGAUUCCUGGUAAUAUCAUUGGUUUUGUCCUCUACUGCAAGUCAAUCGGUAAGUGCUUGUAUAUCAACAGUUCUUAUACAGUACUGUGUUUAUUUACUCGAUUGGAAAUCAAAAGAAAUAUCUACUGCCAUUUUAAUGGUCUCGGGGUCUACAAUUUUUAUUUUGACCAUUUUCUUCCCUUUUUUUAACAAAUACUUUUUGCUCAAAUAUUUGGGGUUGAACUUCAAUGAACACCACUUUGAUACCAUAGACUUUAUCCCAUUAAUUUUAGCGGCAUCAUGUGAUUUGAUUUUCUCGUUCCUUGUUAUAUUCAUCACAUCAACACCCGCUAUGAUGGGUUUAUUGGUUUUGCUUGGUUUCGAUGCUAUAAUAUCACCCACAGUUACUUCAGCAAUCACUAAAUACUAUCCUGAGCAUUUAACUUCAAAGGUCGUGAUCGCUCUAAACUUGGUCGGUGCUUUGAUUAGGGUAGUGGGACCUUUAGUUCUUUUACUGAUUUAUAAAUUCGGAUUGAAACAUAAUUUUGCAACUUUGGCAUUUUAUUUUCAAAAUGUCUUCUUGAGUGUGGUUUUUGUAUUCUUGAUAGUGGAUAAGAUAAUUUCUAAAUCUAGAUAG